UACACGCGGGUCUGGAUCCCCGACCCGGACCACGUGUGGAGGGCUGCCGAGAUCGUCAGGGACUACAAGGAAGGAGAGCCGGUGCUCCACCUCACUCUGGAGGAUGACACGCCUCUGGAGUACCCUGUCGGUCCAAAAAGUAACCCCCUCCCUUUCCUGCGUAACCCUGACAUCCUGGUGGGCGAGAACGACCUCACUGCUCUCAGUUACCUGCAUGAACCUGCAGUCCUGCACAACCUGAAGGUCCGCUUCCUGGAGCCCAACCACAUCUACACGUACUGCGGUAUUGUUCUGGUGGCCAUCAACCCGUACGAGCAGCUGCACAUUUAUGGGGAGGAGGUGAUCCGGGCCUACAGCGGUCAGAACAUGGGCGACAUGGACCCUCACAUCUUUGCCGUGGCCGAAGAGGCCUACAAGCAGAUGGCCAGAGACGAGAGGAACCAGUCGAUCAUCGUCAGCGGGGAAUCAGGAGCGGGAAAGACGGUUUCCGCCAAGUACGCUAUGCGCUUCUUCGCCACGGUGGGCGGCUCGACCAGCGACACCAACGUGGAGGAGAAGGUGCUCGCCUCCAGUCCCAUCAUGGAGGCCAUCGGAAACGCUAAAACCACCCGGAACGACAACAGCAGCCGCUUCGGGAAGUACAUUGAGAUUGGCUUCAAUCGCCAGUACCGCAUCAUUGGGGCCAACAUGAGGACGUACCUGCUGGAGAAGUCCCGCGUGGUCUUCCAGGCAGAGGACGAGAGGAACUAUCACAUUUUCUACCAGCUGUGUGCCUCAGCCAGCCUACCGGAGUACAAGGACCUCUGCCUGGCCAGUGCUGAAGACUUCACCUUCACGUCUAUGGGAGAGAACAUCUUCAUUGAGGGAGUGAACGAUGCAGAAGACUUGGAGAAGACCAGGGAGGCCUUCACACUGCUGGGGAUAAAGGAGGGCAAUCAGAGCAGCAUCUUUAAAGUCAUCGCCUCCAUCCUUCAUCUGGGAAACAUCGAGAUUUGCUCGCAGCGAGACGGGGAGUCCUGUCACGUCUUGAGAGACGACCUCCAUCUGAAACACUUCUGCACGUUGCUGGGGGUGGAGCUAAAGCAGAUGGAGCACUGGCUCUGUCACAGGAAGCUCGUCACCGCGACCGAGACGUACGUGAAGAACAUGUCGACCAAGCAGGCGGAAAAUGCCCGCGAUGCGCUCGCCAAACACAUCUAUGCUCGCAUGUUUGACUGGAUCGUGGAGCACAUCAACAAGGCCCUGCACACCUCCUCCAAACAGCACUCCUUCAUCGGAGUCCUGGAUAUCUAUGGCUUCGAGACGUUUGAGGUGAACAGCUUCGAACAGUUCUGCAUCAACUACGCCAACGAGAAACUUCAGCAGCAGUUCAACUCUCACGUGUUCAAGCUGGAGCAGGAGGAGUACAUGAAGGAGCAGAUCCCCUGGACGCUCAUCGACUUCUACGAUAACCAGCCCUGCAUCGACCUGAUCGAGGCUCGGCUUGGCAUCCUGGACCUGCUAGACGAAGAGUGCAAAGUGCCGAAGGGCACGGACGAGAACUGGGCCCAGAAGCUGUACAAGCAGCACUCAGUCAGUGCUCACUUUCAGAAACCUCGCAUGUCCAACGUCUCCUUCAUCAUCGUCCACUUCGCUGAUAAGGUGGAAUAUCAGAGUGAAGGUUUUCUGGAGAAGAACCGGGACACGGUGUACGGGGAGCAGAUCAACAUCCUGAAGGCCAGUGAGUUUCAGCUGGUUGCAGAUCUCUUUCACGACAAGGACGAUGUAGCCCCCCCGAAGUCCUCCAGAGUGAACGUCAGACCGGCCAAGUCCACCCCCAAAGCCCCAAACAAAGAGCACAAGAAGACCGUGGGACAUCAGUUCCGCAGCUCCCUCCACCUCCUGAUGGAGACCCUGAACGCUACGACUCCUCACUACGUCCGCUGCAUCAAACCCAACGACCUGAAGGAGCCCUUCAUGUUUGAUUCCAGGAGAGCGGUCCAGCAGCUCAGAGCCUGUGGAGUCCUGGAGACGAUCCGGAUCAGUGCAGCUGGGUAUCCGUCCAGGUGGACCUACCCAGACUUCUUCAACCGGUACCUGCUGCUGAGAAGUCGAGAUGGCCUCACGGACAAGGAGCUGGUGUGCAGGAACCUGCUAGAGACCUGAUCAAAGUUUCUUUCUCCAAACGAUCACGACAUGUUCCAGUUUGGGAAGACAAAGAUCUUUUUCCGGGCGGGGCAGGUGGCCUACCUGGAGAAGCUCCGGGCCGACAGGUUCCGCUCGGCCUGCAUCAAGAUCCAGAAGACUGUGCGUGGCUGGCUGCAGAGGGUCCGGUACCGCAAGGUCCGCAAGAUGGCCGUCAGCCUGCAGCGCUACGGGAGAGGGUACCUGGCCCGCAGGCACGCUGACUUCCUGCGUCAGACCCGAGCCGCCCUGCUCUGUCAGAAGCAGUACCGCAUGGUGAGAGACAGACGGGCGUACCUGAGGGUGAGACGGGCUGUCGUCACUAUCCAGGCCUUCACCAGAGGGAUGUUCACCCGCCGCAUCUACCAGGAGGUACUGGUCCUCAUCUGGUCCUGAUCUGGUCUUCACAUG